UCAUUUCUCACAGUACUCUUCUGUUAAAUUAAGACUACUUCAAGUCAUACAAUUUUCUCUCCACUCUCUCCAUCUGGUUAAAGCUCCGAGCUUUUCUGCUUCACCUUGAAUUCACAAUUUUCUCGAGAAAAUUUGCAAAUUUUUCAUCGCUAGGAGUUUCUACGCAAUCAAACUUCCGAAGUACUGUAGAUACAUAUACAGGCACGCGUAUUUCGGAUCGCGAUCAGCGUAUGGAUUCUGGGCUUAAUUACACAAGGACGGUGAUUGCAUUUUAGUUCUUCUGCAGCUUGUGUUUGGACCAAAUCAUGGCGCAGAGUAAUUGGGAAGCUGAUAAGAUGCUUGACGUUUACAUUUAUGAUUAUUUGCUGAAAAGAAAAUUGCAUGCCUCUGCAAAAGCUUUCAUGACUGAAGGGAAAGUUGCUACAGAUCCAGUAGCAAUUGAUGCACCUGGAGGAUUUCUCUUUGAAUGGUGGUCUGUUUUCUGGGACAUCUUCAUUGCACGGACAAAUGAGAAACAUUCAGAGGCUGCAGCAUCUUAUAUAGAGACGCAACAAAUGAAAGCAAGAGAGCACCAACAACAGUUGCAAAUGCAGCAGUUGCAACUUAUGCAGCAGUGCAAUCCUCAGUUGAAUCGGAGGGAUCCCAAUCAUCCUCACCUUAGUGGUCCUGUCAAUGCUAUGAACACUGAAGGAAUGAUGGGGCAACCAUCAGCCAGUGUAUUGGCAAUGAAAAUGUAUGAAGAACGUAUGAAGCAACCUCAUUCAAUGGAUUCGGAAGCAUCUCCAGCCCUUACUGAUGUCAAUAGGAUGGCCAUUCUCAAAUCAGCCACCAAUCAUCAAGGCCAGUUGGUACAAGGCAAUUCUGGGAGCAUGUCUUCAGCUUUGCAGCAAAUGCAGGGAAGAACUCAAUUGACCACUGACAUCAAAGGGGAAGUUAACUUAGGUGCAACACAUAAAUCUUUACCCAUGGAUCCUUCAUCAGUGUAUGGACAAGCAGCUUUGCAGUCAAAGUCUGGAUUAGGUGGUCCAGGACUUAAUCAAGGUGUCCCUGGUCUUCCAUUGAAGGGUUGGCCUCUAACUGGAAUUGACCAACUAAGGCCAGGUUUAGGUUUACAAGUACAAAAAGGUAAUGUACAGACCCAAAAUCAGUUUCUUCUGGCAUCACAACAACAGCAGGCCUUGGCACAAGCUCAGGCACAAGGAAAAUUUGGAAGUUCACCUAAUUAUGGGCUAAGUGGAUUACCUCGGGGUACCCUGAACGCAAAAGAUGGUCAACCCACAAGAAAUGACGGGUCUAUAUGCUCUCCUGUGCAAUCAAAUUCACCAAAGAUGAAGAUGGCACAGAUGCAGCAGUCUUCCUCUCAACAACAGGACCAGUUGCAACAGCAACAAUUGCAACAGAAUAACAGGAAAAGGAAACACACUUCUUCUGGAGCUGCAAACAGUACAGGUACUGGAAAUACGGUGGGUCCCUCACCGAACUCUCCAUCAUCAGCUCAUACACCUGGUGAUGGGAUAACUACCGCAAGUAAUCUGCAGCAUGUCAACAGUGUGCCAAAAAGCUUGAUGAUGUUUGGAGCAGAGGGAACAGGAGGUCUUGCAUCCUCUACAAAUCAGCUGGAUGACAUAGAACAUUUUGCAGAUGCUGGUUCCCUGGAUGAUAAUGUGGAAUCAUUUUUCUCUAACGAUGGAGGAGAUGGGCGGGAUUUAUAUGGAUUAAAACAAAGUCUCACUGAGCACAAAACAGAGUCUUCUAAGGGUUUUUCCUUUGGGGAAGUUGGUUGUAUACGGAUGAGCAAUAAGGUUACCUGCUGUCAUUUUUCUUCCGAUGGGAAGUUGCUAGCUAGCGCUGGACAUGACAAGAAGGCUGUUCUUUGGAACAUGGAUACCCUGCAAACAGAAAGCACUCCAGAAGAACAUCAGUAUUUAAUUACUGACGUCCGUUUCAGGCCGAAUUCAACUCAGUUAGCAACAGCAUCAUUUGAUAAGUCUGUGCGAUUAUGGGAUGCAGCUAAUCCAAGCUAUUGUCUGCAGGCAUAUACAGGACAUGGUUCACAUGUAAUGUCACUGGAUUUCCAUCCCAAGAAGAACGAUCUUUUCUGUUUUUGCGAUAGUAGCAAUGAAAUCCGUUACUGGAAUAUCAGCCCAUUCUCAUGCACUCGUAUUUCCAAGCAAGGAGGCAGUGCUCAGGUGAGAUUUCAGCCGAUAAGCGGUCAGCUACUGGCAGCUGCAUCAGAUAAGGUGGUGUCCAUCUUUGAUGUCGAAACUGACAGACAAACCCAUUCAUUCCCGGGACACACAGGAGUUGUGAACUACCUAUGUUGGGACCUCAACGGUGAUUUUUUGGCAUCUGUCAGCGAGGAGUCUGUGAAAGUUUGGUCAUUGACCUCGGGGGAGUGCAUUCAUGAGUACAGCUCCAAUGGAAACCAGUUCCAUUCUUGUGUUUUUCAUCCAAGUUAUUCAGCUCUCUUGGUGAUUGGUGGAGUGCGGACCAUGGAAAUGUGGAACAUGGCUGAGAACAAGAGCAUGACGGUUCAAGCACACGAGAAUAUAGUUGCUGCUUUGGCACAAUCGCCUCUCAGGGGAAUGGUUGCCUCAGCAAGUCAUGACAGCUUUGUCAAGCUCUGGAAAUAAUUGGAGACGAUAGAUGGGCUUUCUUGGAUUGAAGAUGGUGAAUGUCUGAGAUGCAUGCAGAUCCGAUCAGAUUGUUUGGUGAAGCGCUUUCUUUGUCAGAAGUUGUUCGUGAUAGUUUGGCCGUUUGGCCGUUAAUAUGCUUCCGUUCAUGGGUGGUGGAUAGCUUUUUUUAUUUAUUUAACUUUGAUUCCUUCUUCUCCCUUUGUCAAUUUGCCUUUUCUUGGAGCUCAUAACUCUUUGUUUCUUGCUGCUCUCUGUAUUUUAUUUGACAUGAGAUUUGCGUGCAAUGGCAGCCCAUGUAAAUUGAAAGGAUAUUGCUAGUUACAAGUAAAAUCCAUGGCUAGAUUGGAAGCUCUAA